CAGAAGCUCUGCCAGGUUCCAAUUCAGGAGGUAUUGCGGGUGUGACGACUGCUAUUGUUGCCUUGCACUCCGUCUUGUUACCUUGGUACCUCAUCCAACCUCGUUUUGAGCCGUACAAUACCUCGACGGCCCGCGCUUUUGCUAGGUGCCCCUGUGGACUUUUCUCCUCUCUCACGACCCGGAGCUCCCAGGAUAGGAAGAAACGCGGCAGACAUGGAAACAACGCCGAUCACGGGGCUAGACGAGUUCGACAAGCACCUUGAUGACCUUGUCCAAGAUCCGGCGUUGACGCUGAACCCGAAGCUCUUUGACGAUGUCGAACUCCAGCUUACAGAGGCCAACAUCCCGCCCUUGAUCCCCCGAUUCCUCCCCCGCCUGACGGCCAUCCUCAAGCAGUACAACGAAAACCCCGCUGCUAUUGUCAGCUUGACAAUAAAGCUCCUGGGUCCCGUCUCUUUUACCGAAGUCCUGCAGCUGGCCUCCCCCGAUGAGCUCGUCCAAGCCCUGGACUCCCCAGCGCCCGCCCCCAACAUCCUCGCCAUGACCGUCUUCCACAAAGCCGCCGCCCGCCCUGCUGAUGUAGCCACGCUGUCCAACCUCACACAUCUCGUUGCCGCUUUCAUCCACCGUUGGCUCGCCGCGCCAUACGUCGAGGUCGGAGAGAAAGGCAGCAAGGUCCUUGGCGACCUCCUCGACGUCGACUGCGAACUGCCGCCUCCACCACCCACGACGCGGCCGACCGACGCAGCACACACCGAGCUGGUAAUACGGAAAGCCCCCGGACAAGGCAGGCUCUGGCGGCUGCUAUUCAACGACAGGGCCACCUACGGCCUGCUGCUCGACCUCAUCUCGGGCCGCCACCCGGACACGGCGGGCGAUUACCACCAGCUGUCCCUCGCCCAGGGCCGCGUGCUGCGCAUCCUGCCGCGGCUCGCAUCCAUCGACUUCCGCGCCGUCAGCCGCUCGCCCGUCACCACUCCGCCGACGCCCGUGCACCUGACCAACGGACAACAUGACUCGGAGGGCGGGGGAGGGGGCGAGGGCGAGCAGCCGUCUUCGGACCCGCCGCGGCCGGGCGAGGGGGAGGGCCUGCUGCAGUUCGCCGCGCUGCGCAUGGUGCGCAAGGCGGACGUGCUGAUGCACCUCAGCCUGGUCGACUUCUUCGAGGCGCUGGUCAGCCUGAUGCGCGUGACCGAGGACUCGCCCGCCAAGGUGGAGACCCUGCGGGCGCUGCUGGCCGAGGCGACCGCCGGCGACGACGUGCUGAGGGAGGCCCUGUUGAGCCUGCCGGAUAGGACCGUCGAGGAGGAGGCGGACGACUUGAGGCGGUGGCUGCAGGAGGUGAUGCCGGGAGACGCCGUGAGGUUGGCCGUGCGGUGAGAGGGUCAACUGAGUAUGCGCAGCUCUAGGCCGGCGGCGGGGAAGGACUACGAAGGACCGGGCCGGCCAAGGUGCC